AUGAUUCUUAUAGUAUUCUCCUAUCUUACCGGUGCUCUCCUUGUUCUAAUAACAAGUAUGCUCUGGACUCGUUGGCAAAAGACAACUGAUGAAUCUGGCAAUUAUUCAAGAAUACAGCACCUGAAGAUUCUCAAGGCCCGCCACGAGACUGCAUCUGACUUACUAGAGCUGGUUCAGAUAGAUGGUGCGGGAGCGUGGCCACCGCGCACUAAUUUUGAGUCAUGGCCAAGUGCAUUGCGCCCUUAUCAUGAUAUCUACUUCAAUAUUAUACCACUCCUGUCUACUGCAGAACCCUCACUAGAUGAUGCUGUCAACAAGAAACUAGUCGGCGACUUUCGGUCACAUAUGAGAAAGCUGCUCGCGGAAAAAAUAAACCUUACGCUUGUCAAGGAAAUCAUGACUGCUGCUGAGGCUGGAAAAUGGGAUAUCUUUCCUCGAGACGCCUACAAUGGCUUCUACUGCUGCAUCGCUGUGUCGCGCCAUGCUUAUAGAGAGCAGGUACUUGAGCUCCCGCCUGAGCUUGACCUGCCUUGGGGCUAUCUGCAGCGCAACUUUGGCAUCACCGCUGCAAGCGGGAACAAUACAGCAAAUGUCCUGCUCAAUUAUAACAAACGAGGCGAAAGAGUGUACAAGAUAAACAUUGCGAUGCCAAAACUAAUAAGGUCAUCAGAGGAGACAUUUUUCCGGAUUUUCUUGGACAUUGAGGUUUCGGCUUUUCCUAUAUACUACGAGAUGGUAUAUGCUAUUAUCAGCUAUGAAGACAAUAACCGGGUGAUUUGUUUAAAUUAUCUAGAGAGCAUCAGUUUCAGGCUGCGCUGCCUUCUGAGGAUGUUCUUCGAAAAUCUAAUUGAGUCGCGCGUAUCGCAUUCUGUGUGGUUGAGCUAUGUUCAGGGCUUCCAAGCCUGGGGAGUUGGAAGUAUAGUCAACGGGGAGCUCAUAAAGUACGACGGGCUUUCGGGAAACCAAGCUUUAAUCUUCCGAGCCUUGGAUGCCUUCUUGGGCAUGGAUCGUUAUCUUCCUGAUGAACAAUCCAGAAGGUAUAUUCCAGUCAACCAGAGAAAGAUUUGCCAUUCUUUGAGGAAGCACUCUUUCAGGAAAAGUGCUCAAAGCCAUGGCUACAUAGAAAUUGAACACGGUUUCAAAAAUAUUGUAAACCACAUGAGAGUCUUUAGGUCGGCUCAUCGAGCAAGAGCAUUCUCAUACUUGGGGCAGCCUGCCCCUGAGCGGCUCGUGAUGACGGCAGGAAAGUCCGUCCUCGAGGGAGCCACCAAACAGGAAACGGAGAAUAAUUUGAAAGCCUUGGACCAAAUGCUAGCCACCAGGUUUAAACAGACAACCUAG